AUGAAGCAGCCCAGUAUUUCGUCGGCUCCAACGUGUACUUCGUUUGCAAGUGAAUUGACGUCGUUCAAGACAGCAGCCGUGCGUCAAGCGGCCGAGAAUUUACUCAAGAGUCGCAAGAAGCAACCGCGUCGUGUCUCCACCUUUCGAGCCGUCCGAGUCGUCCAGACCAACGAAACACAAGAACCGCUUGACAAUGCUAUUACCAAUGCAUGUACUACUACCACCACUUGGGUGACACCGCAUGGCAAAGCCGCCAUUGUCUCGGAUUUCUUACAGAUUGACGCUACGAGCAGCAACAAGAAACGCCGUCGCUUUCCACCAGUGCCGCAUGAUUUGACGGAGAUUCACAUGCUGACCAACAACAAGAAACAGCGUCUCUUGGAACUGCAGGAAAUGGCACUCACCAACAUUCCCACCGCCCACCAAAAACCAGCACAAGCUUACAACUACUACAAAAAGCCGGGCUGCAAUGACGAAAUGGAACGCAAUCGUCAACGCGCAUUGCAACAAACCACCAAUGUCAUCGAGAAAUCUAAAGAAAAGACUCCACCACCCAAACAAAAAUCGCAACAACCAAAUGGCAAAAAGGUGGAGGAACCAAAAAUCUCUUUGCUACCCAAGAAGGUAAAGAAAUCAUUUGUGGUACUGGCACCAAAAGUACAAGCACCACCAGCGCCUGUGGCCCAACCAACAACUUGUAAACCUGUCCAAGCACCACCAGCCACUGUGGCUCAACCGACCAAUACCGUCUCAGUCAUCCCAGCACCACCACUCUGGCCACUCAACCAUGCCAAUGUCACUGAAACAGAAACAGUCAAUCCGCCUCAUGUCGAUCCCAAAAAGUAUCUCACGCGAAAAGAACUCGAAGGGGCUUGGGCGGAACAUUACCGCAGUAGGCACCAGCAUCUGAAACGACAACAACAAACACAGCCACCUACCAAACCACGCGUCCUUCAAGAGCACAAUCAAAACAGCAAGGCCACAACCAAGCCAAAGACAUUGCGAAAGCUUCCCAAGGCAGUUGUAGUCAAGCCACCGAAAGAAGAAGAGUCACCCAAUUCGGUGGCGGUCGUGGAGAUUCUCGAUGAUUCCCCCGAGUCCAAAAGCAAUAAUCAAGCAUCCAUUACUAUUCAGCAACAACGAGACCGCCGACACGACCAAGAACUGCGUCGUCUUCGUCGCAUCGAAGUGGCGGCUCUGGAAGCCUACGGAGUCAGCACUGUGGCAGCGCCCAAUGCCAAGACGUCUUCCCUCUCGCAAGAGUUUCACACAUUUCUGUGCUGGUUCAAACAGAGUGUUCUCACUGGACAGUGGAUUAUGGAACACAAUGUGGCGCCCACGAACGGAUGGCAAACCUAUGUCAGCCGCUCCAUUCUAGUUCUUCAUCUCAAACGACUCCCCAAGUCGUACUUGCUCGGAGCCACCAUGUAUCAACGUCCCUCCACGAAAGAAUGGCAGGACCGAAAGGACAAUAAUAAUGACAGCAAUCCACCCUAUCACGUGUCCUGUCAUGCCCUCAUGGAGCUUUCCAAAGACAAGAAGGGAACGAUUCCACGCAAAUGGGCCAAUUGGAAGGACAUUCCGGAGGAGUAUCAAGGGACCAUUUUCACGUACAUGAUUCAAAAGCUGAUUCAUACCCGACGAGAAGGAAUUCUCUACCAGUUUCCCGACACGGAUCAUAUCAAACACUUGUUGGCCAAGGGACCGGUGAAUGGGAGAGAUCUAGAGGUGGUCACGGUGGUGUUGGGAGCGUCGCCCAGUUGGUUUGUCUAG